AUGGAUAGCGACACGUUCUCCAGAAUAGACGAGUCGUUGGAGCGGUUGGAGUCGGAAAUAUCCAAGAUCCGAGAAGAAGUUAAGAGCUUCCAGAACAGACGCCGCUAUCUCUCCAGCAGCCUCCUCGCGUCAGACUACAUCCGCCAAGCAGUCGAGGCAAAUGUCGAUGCAGCGUCAGCCACAGCCACGGACCUCGCCCCCGUGCUCGAGAGCGCACGCGAUCACCGCGAAACAAACUACCACCGCCUGGCCUUCUCGACCACGACGUUCCCAUGGACCGAUCCGAACCCAUAUUCCGACUCGCCAAACCUGUUGGGCGUAAGAAUCGAUAUAUGUGAACGCAGCGGCAAGUUCGCGAAGCCGUAUUACCUUCUUUUGCGACGGGAAAAAGGAACCACCACUGCGAACAAUACCACUGGGAAGCCGUCGCAUCAACGUCUUUCGGUGUAUCGACAUACGAUACCCGCUUUUAUCCCCGUUGAGAAGAUAGCGCAGAGAUAUCUACCAUUACCACGGCCUCAGCGACAGACGAGCGAUGCGGGGGAUGAGGUGUUGAAACCGGAUAGGGCUAGAAAACAAGACCUGUCUGCGUUUGUGCGGUAUGUGCGGAAGGAAAUUGCGGCGUGGCAUAUUCGAUGCGACGCUGUUGCGUGGCUGCGGGAGAGUCUAGGGAUUCGAGAUGACGGGGUGACGGAGAGACAGAAUAAGUCGGCGUUGUUGUCUGUUGCUGCAACGUCCUUGGAAGCGAGAUACGUACGGCUGGAAUGGCGGGAUGGACGGGUCGGGCGGUUCAAGUUGUCAAACUCGGGGCUGGUCGAGCGGGCGGUGGUUAUUGGUGAUCGAGGCCGCGAUAAACGAACAGAGGAUGUCUUGACAGGCGGGGAUCGUCGGGUAGAGACAUUGGUGGGCAGAUUGAAACAUCUACAAUGA